AUGAACAUGAACGCGCCGCUCCUGACCGUGGCCACGUGCAACCUCAACCAGUGGGCGCUGGACUUUGACGGCAACCUCGAGCGCAUCAUGAGCUCGAUCCGCAUUGCCAAGGCGCGCGGGGCCACGUACCGCCUCGGGCCGGAGCUCGAGAUCUGCGGUUACGGCUGUGAAGAUCACUUCCUCGAGGCCGACACGUUCUUCCAUUGCUGGGAAAGCAUGGCGACGCUGCUCUCGUCGGAC